UGCAGGACAUACAUGUUAACGUAGGUUUGAGAUGUGUCGUAAAGCGAAUCUUGUGACCAUAACUGGCUAUUAGGCAAAUGAGAAGAAGGCAAACUGCAAAUUAGACUCUGGCCUUAAAUUAAAUUGUCAUAUAAACUAAAAUAUGAUUAUACACUGAAACAUUUUAGGUCUCAAAAAUGAAAUAAAUACAUGAACUUACAAGCUUUUUGAUAAUUAAGCAUCAAGGUGUCUCAGUGUUUUUAAUGCACCAUCGUUUCUUGGAAAGGUAAUGAAAAUGCAUUUUAAACAACUAUUGACAUGAGUUAAAUCCUAGUUGUGCAGUAUGGCGUAAAAAAAAUGGCAUCAUCUCACACUGUGUAAGCACCUCCCAUUAUUUUGCUUUAUGUGGGGGUGGGGGUGGGGGGGUUAAUGACUUAGGGGGUCUAUCUUUGGAUAUGAGUUUAAUCAUUCAGUGUUCCACCUGCACAGCAAUCAUGAUGAAUGUUUACUGCAUCAUAUUUGUCCUUCAGCUGUUCUCCUGGUUUUCAGCGGCAUCAGGGAGCAGUAUAGUGGGCGGUAAGGUUUCACGGCCUCAUUCCAGACCCUACAUGGCAUCACUGCAUUCCCACGGAGCCUACAAAUGUGGCGGGAUGCUAAUUCGCAAAGACUUUGUUUUGACUGCGGCCCACUGCUUCAAUGAGCCAAUGACAGUCAUACUCGGGGCACACAACAUACGCAAGCGGGAGAAAAGCCAGCAACGUAUUGACGUGGACGAGUUCCAUCGUCAUCCAAAUUACACUGGAGAGUACAGCAACGACGUGAUGCUACUUAAGUUGCAACGUAACGCCACACUCAACAAGUAUGUCCAAGUGAUUGGACUGCCCAAGAGGAGGAAGACGUUGCGAGACAAUACAAGAUGUAUUGUUGCUGGCUGGGGCCAAACUGUAGGUGGAAAAAACCAGCCCGGGACUACUUCAGAUGUACUGAAGGAGACCAUCGAGAAGACACAAUCCCCCUUUGAAUGCAAAGAAGUUUGGCAGCACUAUUUUCAGUCGGAUCACAUGAUGUGCACCAGGCCUGAAAAGAAAGGAGGGGUUUGUUGGGGGGAUUCUGGAGGACCAAUAAUCUGCGACACCGAUCUUCAAGGAAUAACAGCCUUCGUUUACCUGGACGACUGCAGUGAUCGCAAGAUUCCGCAUGUCUUCACUGAAAUCCACCCCUUCCUCACCUGGAUUAAGAAAGUGAUGCGGAGGAAUGUUGCAGCAUGAGCCCACCGCAGUAUUUGUUCAUUUGUUCAAUGCUGAGUAGAUGACAUGUAGACGUAACAGCUCUUAGUUCUUAGAAAAGAAGCAGAGCAGGUACUGUUCAUUCAGAAGGAGUGCACACAACUCCUAGGAUUGUCUGCGCCACCUGUAUUCAAUACUGUACUGCAUAAAGAUAAAUGGA